AUGACGACAUACCACAGCGUGUGCACGAUCGUGAAGGUGAAGACGGCCCUGGAACGGUUUGAGCGCGGCAAGCAGCAGCAGCCCCAUCCGCACCAGCAGCAGCAGCACAGCGGUGCGGGCGCGUCCCCGUCGUCGUCGUUUGUGACCACGUCCUCCGUGAAGCGCCACGGCGUCGGCGUGGAGCAAGGCGACGGCUGCGACUCACCCUCCGGCGGCGGCGGCGGGAUGGUGGCCGUGGCGUGCUCCAGGUGCUUCCUGUACGUGCUCAUCUCCUGGACCGACCUGCGGUGCGAGUCCCAUGUCCUGGCCCUACCGGCGCCGGCGCCGGCCGUGAGCAAGAAGCCGCGGAUCGACCUCAACGUCGGCUACCUCGGCACCACAAGUUCGCGUACGUACACAGGAAGUACCCAUGACAUAGCUGCCGUCUCCUGCAUGAAUGGCGUGGCCGGCGUUGCUCCUGGGUCAACACGCAGAUGGGCGGCGGCGGGCACCGGAACGAGACGGACGGCAGAGGCAACGAGGAGGACUUGGCGUUGCUGUUGA